AUGGGAACCCUCGUGACCCGUAAGGAUAUCGCCCCAUGGGUGAAAGUUGCUGAAGACCUAAGAGAUCCAGAAGUAUUACAAGCCCACAUACUGGUGCUAAAAUCUCUGUUUGGCCCACAGGGAUCUUGGAUGCCUCACAUCAAGCAAGUGAGUCAGGCCAUGUUUGAGCUGAAGAUUCUGAAAAUUUCUGAACUUACCGACGUCUUAAUUUAUGGCUCUUACAAUCACCAGCUUCAGGCUAAAUGGAUGCUUCAGUCCAUGGCUGAGAGGUACUGCCUACACCAGGAAAGAGGAAUGCUCAAGCUGGAGGAAGCCAUGAAGACCCUGGAACUAGGCCAGUGUUUGGAGUGAAGCCAGUUUCCAGUCAUUGUGACUCCCACCUGGACACAGAUUAAUCUGUGGCCAGUGUUUGGUUCUGGCAUGAUUUUUAACUCUGCUACAUCCUUUAAAGUCUAACAAGAUAUUCCUGGAUCCUUGCUGUGCAUUCUGAUGUAAAUGUCUCUUUUCCAAGAUUAU